AUGAUAUUUGGUAAUCAGUUUCCAGUACUGAACUAUGUAUUUUUACCGUAUGCCAAUGGCAGCUGUACGGGUGGAAUCAAAACAUGGUCAACUAGUUUGACUACGGUGUGGAUUGCCUGUUGCAAUAAAUCGAUUCUCUAUCCAUUACUUUAUAAUUUACCAAAUCUGGAAAACUUUACCUGCGGACUAGGCACAGUUGAUGGGAAAACGUUGAUUUGUCAACGUUUAGUAUUAAAACAGUUCAAUUUAACAAAUUACUGUCAAUGUAAUCCUCCCCAUAUGAUAAUGAUGAAGAUGAAUGAAAUCAAGGAUUUAUAUCGCUGUUUUCCCAAUUUAGAAAGUACAAAUCUUACACUGCGUUAUCCUGGCUAUCUAAAUGAUGCACUUCAUGCUUUAAAUGCUGUUCUAUCACACUGUUCAAAUCUAAAAAGUGUUGAUUGUUAUAUAAAAUAUUCAGGACCCGAUUGUUCUCAACAAUCCUUCGAUGAAAUUAAAAAUCGGUAUCCUUUAUUUAAAGAUUAUGAUGGUUGCGCUUGGAAGGAACGUGAAGGAUACCGUUGUCGUAUUAGAAAAGGAUGA